CACGACCACAAUCACCCAUCAGCAAUUAUCUUCUACAACUUCGAUAUUGGGAUCGCUAUCUCGUGUCGCAAACAUGGCAUCCCAACCACUGAGCUCGUCGGUGCAACCAACAGAUGUCUACGGCGGAGAUGAAGUAUCAGCAAUCAUUCUCGACCCAGGUUACUCGAGCGUACGCGCCGGAUUCGCAGGAGAAGAUACGCCCAAAUCUUUUCUUAACUCGUACUAUGGAGUUGGAGCAGACAAGAAGCUUGUAUUCGGCGACGACGCUAUUCACAACCCUCUAGCCGGCCUCGAGAUACGGAACCCCAUGGCCAAGGAUGGGACCACAGAGGAUUGGGACACGGCUACGCAGUUAUGGGAAUACGCCAUUACGUCGCGACUCACAAGUUUCAAGCAGGCGGAUCCGAGGACCAAUGGUUUGAACGACGAUCUCAAGGACGAAAAAGAUGUCGAUGCGGAGAUGGAGGGCGUACAGGAAGGGGAGAAACCGUUGGAGGAACACCCCUUGUUGAUGACUGAAACGGCAUGGAACAGCACUAAAAACCGAGAGAAGAGUAUCGAAAUUGCGAUGGAGUCCUGGGGGUGUCCUGCAUUCUGGCUUGCGCGCAACAGCGUUCUCGCUGCUUUCGGGGCCGGAAAGGCUACUGCGCUCGUCAUUGAUAUGGGUGCUUCUACUGCCUCAGUCAUGUGUGUGCAUGAUGGCUUGAUCCUUAAAAAGAGCGUCCAAAAAUCACCAUUGGCCGGCAACUGGCUCUCAUCGCAGAUACGCUCGUUGUUUUCAGCAGCAGAUCCAAAGGUUGAUCUCGUCCCCCACUACAUGAUCGCAUCCAAAACUCCAGUCGACGCUGGAGCUCCAGCACAAGCAGUCUACCGCAAAUUUGACAACCCGCCGACACCUUCAUUCCGUGCCCUGGAAGAAGAACGUGUAUUGACGGAGUUUAAAGAGAGCGUAGUGCAAGUCUGGGCUGGACCAGGACGAUUAAACUCGCCUACCCAGGCAGGAAGUACCAAUUUAGAUUUUGUGCGCUCGCAGCCUGGCCGUGUCUUCGAAUUCCCCGACGGCGCGAACCGUAUGUGGGGUGUUGAGAGAUUCACCGCCUCUGAAGGCCUAUUCGACGCCUCUGCUGCUCUCCCUAUUCCCUCUGAAGAGACGCCGGUUCAGAAAUCCCAGACCAUUCCGGAGAUGAUCAAAGCAUCAAUUUCGGCUGUGGAUGUGGAUCUCCGCGCAGCGUUGUUGCAGAACAUCGUUGUCACCGGUGGUUCGAGCUUGUUAAAUGGUUUCAAUGAUAGAUUGAAUAAUGAGUUGAUAACUAUGUACCCCGGCGCAAGGAUCAAGAUUCACGCUGCAGGUCUUACAGCAGAGCGAAGAUUUGGGAGCUGGAUUGGGGGCAGUAUCCUGGGGAGUUUGGGAACUUUCCAUCAGAUGUGGAUUUCAAGGAAGGAAUACGAAGAAUUUGGGGUGUCCAUUAUAGAGAAGAGGUGUAAAUGAUUGUAUUUCCUAUCUUUCUUGCUCAAAACAAAAGUGUAAGAAGGGAACGGAGAAAAGUUCGGUGCAUUGGAAGAGGGUUAUUGAGGAUGGCGUAUGGUUUUGUGGAUAUACCUUGUUUCUAAAACGUAUCAACACAUCUGGAGUGAAAUGAUUAUCCAGAAAAAAAAAACUUCCUACUCCUAAUAUCUCUCCGAUAUACUCUCCGAUAUACUCUCCCGAAAGAAACACUUGAAAGACGAUUUUACCAACCCCUGCAUCUCACCCAG